AUGUUAAGUAGAUCAAUUUCAAAAUUAAAUAAAAAUAAAUUAAUUAAAAGUAAUCAAACUGUUUUACAAAGUACAAUUGUCAAUAAUAAAAACAGUUUUAAAGAUUCAAUAAAAAACUAUUCAACAUCAACAGAAAAUUCAAAUGAAAAUAAAAAUGAAGAAAAUAAAUCAUCUCCACCACCACCACCAAAGAAAAAGAUGAAUAGAUUUGCAUUUUGGGGUGGUCUUGCAGCUGCUGGUUUAGGUUCUUUUUGGUUAAUUGAUAUGAUUGUCAAUGAUGACUUUGACUCAGUUAGCGAUAAAUUUAGAACAAGAUUACCAGAGUCAGAAAGAAAGAAUAGACCAAAAGUUGUUUUAUUAGGUUCUGGUUGGGGCACACUUUGUAUGUUAAGAAAACUCCAUACUGAUAUGUUUGAUGUUACAAUUAUUUCACCAAGAAACUAUUUCUUAUUUACACCAUUAUUGGUUGGUGGAACUACAGGUUCAAUUGAAGUUAGAUCAAUUAUCGAACCAAUUAGAAAGUAUUGCAAGAGAUCUGAUGCCAAUGAAGCUACUUUUUAUGAAGCUGAAUGUAUUUCAGUUGAUCCAGUAAAAAAGACAAUUAGAUGCGUUGAUAAUAGUGCUGUCAAAGGUGAAGUUUCAGAGUUUGACCUCCAAUAUGAUCAUUUAGUUGUUGGUGUUGGUGCAGAUAAUCAAACCUUUAAUAUUCCAGGUGUUAGAGAAAAUGCAUGCUUCCUUAAAGAAUUCAAUGACACCCGUGUCAUCAGAGAUAAAAUUAUUGAUUGUUUAGAAACUGCUUCAUAUCCAAGCCAACCAGAAAAAGAAAUUGAUAGAUUAUUAAAUUUCGUUGUUGUAGGUGGUGGUCCAUCUGGUGUAGAAUUUACUGCUGAAUUAAAUGAUUUCUUACAAUCAGAUUUAUUAAAGAACUAUCCAUUAGCUAAACGUAUUAAGGUUACAUUAGUCGAAGCUUUACCACAUAUUCUCACAGUAUUUGAUAAAAAAAUUAUUGACCAUGUUGAAAAACGUUUACGUAGCUCAGAAAAUACUAGAAUUUGGACCAAAACUGCCGUUGUUGGUGUUAAAGAAAAAGAUAUCAUUGUAAGAAAUGAAAAGAAAGAAGAAACCAAUGUUCCAUAUGGUCUUUUAGUAUGGGCAACUGGUAAUGCCCCAAGAAAACUUACUACCCAAUUAAUUCAAGCCAUUGGUACCAAUGUUCAAAAUAACAGAAGAGGUUUGGUUAUUGAUGAUUACUUUAGAGUUGCUGGUGCUGAUGGUAUUUGGGCCAUUGGUGAUGCUUCAAUUAAUCCAUCAAAACCAUUAGCCCAAACUGCUCAAGUUGCUUCACAACAAGGUCGUUACCUUGGUAGACUUUUCAACGAUUUAGCCGAAGAAAUGUAUAAUGAAAAGAUUAAAUCAAAAGAUCAAAAACUCGAACAAGUUACCCAAGAACAACAACCAACUUCAACUGUUUUCCAAACAACUACCAACAAAUCAUUUGAUUCUUUCAUUAAAUCCCAACCAGUUUUCAAAUAUAGACACAUGGGUACUCUUGCAUAUGUAGGUGACCAUCAAGCUGUAGCUGAAUUCAAAGGAGACCAUUCUACAACUACAAGUGAAGGUUAUAUUACCUAUUAUCUUUGGAGAAGUGUUUACUUUACAAAGCUAUUAAGUAUUAGAAAUAGAACCUUGGUAGUAUUUGAUUGGGCUAAAUCAGCUAUUUUUGGUCGUGACAUUUCACGUGCUUAA